CACAAAGAAGAAGUCUUCUUUCUUAUUCACCCGGGUAGGAACUUGGAACAUGAAUACAUGGAAUGGAGUGAACUGGAAAAUAAACAUUUGUUGUUGUCUAAAGACUGGAGUGAGAUAGUUGCUUAGUCGCCAAUCACAAUUGAGACAUUUGACUCUAAAACUGCUGUCACACCAAUUCUUAAUGCUGAAAGAUAAGAAAGUAUAUAAAUUCAUCCAUGUAACGCCACUGCCUUAGUGUCUCGUUAGAUAGAGAAGUAUUGAAUGUGUCGACGUCAACAAAAGCGUUAGUAGCACUGCAAUGGCCAUUCUAUGUAUCUAUGUUCCAAGCGGGCAGGUGUUUUUGGAAUUACUGUAAAUUGAUCUGUUUUUUCAAGGCGAACUUCCAUUUCUUCUGUCCAACGAAGGCAAAAAAUUUGCACCAGCUUUCAGAGGUUUAAGAUUGCAUAAUUUAUUGUCACAAAAGCAGGACAUAGAACUGAUUUUUCAGGACAAUAUAAUUCCUCAAGGUUGGAUUAAUCCUGUAGUUAUGCAACAAUGGAAGGAUGUUUUACGGGUUGAUCAAAAUGAUGAUAAAGGCCCAAGUAGUAUGGAACAUCAGUUUUUUCUACAUAAUAGCUUAAGAUGUGGUAGAGUACUGAAAGUGAAGGAAAGACAUGUGUGGAGAUGGACAGGCUUCCAUUUCGGUAUGGAUUUGAUAAUGUUCACAGAUGGAAUCACUUUAUCCAUUAAACGUAAUAACAGAUCAGAAUAUGGACAGUUAUUAAGUCUACAAAGUACAAGAUAUGUUGUUAUAAGAGUAACAGUUGCAAAAUUGAAUGAACAAGGCCAGAUACAAUAUUGCAAAGAAACCGAAAUUCUGAACAUAGCUCUCACAAAGGGAGAGGAAUAUGAAUUACUGAGAUUAGAUGAGAAUCUCGAAUAUCCCAUAAUAAUCUCGGCUAAUAUUCAAUACACAUCGCCAGAUAUCCCGGAAGAAAAACAACCCGAUAUUUCCCAAGUGGUGCCUUAAAAACCUCAAUCCACUUUGUCUUCUAAAAAUGUCCAUAGAAGGAAUGCUGAGAUCGCACUCAUAAUCAUUGUAUUGCAUUUGAAAAACAUUCCAACAAUACAGAAAACUAUAUUUAAAAGUUUCCAAAGUAUUAAUAUAUAAAACAUGGCUUUGAAGUUUUUGGUUGCUGCAAAAUUCAUCGAAGAACACUGGAAAUUGAGGAGUUUUUCUAUUUAUUUUUAAUGUAUUAUAUUGUGUACAUUGUUUUUUUGCAAUUUGUUAUCAAAUAAACAUAUUUUUCUUUAUAUGUUAUAUUGACAAUAACAUUUGAUUCUAUUUUAUAUUUUGAAAUAUCUUUGCAACUUCUAUUUAAUUAUCUACUAUUUAAUUAGUGUCUCAAUGAAGAAUUCUGUUUGAUUCUCUUGUAAUGCAGCGGACUGAUUUUUUUCAUGUUGAGGGUUAUUUCAUGAAGACUUCUCGACUCAUUCGAUUAUUCUAUUUUUUGACAAGAUAUAACACCCUUCUUUAUAAAUUUCUUAGUUACAUAUUACACAAGAAUAUAAUUUUGUUACCAGUCAAUUUUUCAUGGCACUUUUGGAUUAUUUAAUUUUUGUUUAUAAAUUUUGAUAUUUUUCUUGGGCAGAGCUUAAAAGUAAAUAUUUCUCAUAUUAUUUGUGACCAUACGAUUUCUGUUACUAAUGCUAGUCAUAAUCUAUUAUUAAAAUCGUUUAUAUCGUU